UAUAAUACGCUUAGGCCUAUGUAACGACGUAUCUACUAUACAGCCGCCGCGGACAUUGUACCUAUGUGUUAUUAUCGCUCGUGCGACUGUUUCGUCUAGACGUGUGCGGUGCAUAGGCAUAUUGUAGGCCUUCCUAGCAUACAUUAUAUGAAACAGGUAGUGCAAUUCCUGCAGUUGCAGCAGUAAAGUAAUACCAAUUUCAUAACCCAUACGUCUAAUAUUAUUUUGUUUCCAAUAAUAUAAUAUAUUGUAUUCAGUCGUGUGUCUCAUCAUUAGAUUAACCGUAUUUAAAAGUAUUAUUUAACAAUAGCUAGGGUUGACACUUUUGUGUAGUAAGAAAUAUUACGAAUAAAAUAUUAGUUCGGUCGCGGUCGGCUGCAACAACAUCAUGUCCAACUCUCGUGAGAUAGAAGACAAUUUUGAAACACUUAAAGAUCUGUCCAUCACCAUGAGCCAGGCAAUAGAACAACUCGAACAGCAGCAGUCCAAAUUGGAAAAGGACAAUAAAAGGCUAAACGACACCAAUGAAAUGUUGCUUGAAAUUACCAAGAAACAGCGAUUGAUGGUAGGCACUUCGGAUCAAUCAAAAGAUACUACAUCUUCAGAAGAUAUUACAAACAAAUUCCGUGUUUCACUUCAAAAGAAAUUCGCCGAUCUUGAAAAACAACUGUUGCAAAAUCAAACAGCAUUCACAGAUGACUUCAAUUUUGAUGAGAAAGAUGCUAAGCAAAUGCUUAAAUUGAAAGUCCAAAUUCACUCAUUACUAGAGGAAAACAAAUCAUUGAAAGACCAGCUUUCAGAUUUCCAGAAUUUGCAUGAUCAGAUUAUGGCUGAAAUUCGAUCAAAGAACUUGAAGAAUGCUGAUUGUCAAACUGUAAAUAAUCAAAAACAGGAAAAUAGGACAAUUUCUGCCUCUGCUACUACCACUGUUUCACUCGAUAAAGAUGAUUUGCAACCACUUCAGGUUAACGUUAUCGACAGUGAUGUAGAUGAACCGAAGAAUGAGUAAUGGAAAGUGUUCAAAAUAUGAUAAGAAUGAUUAUAUAUUAAGUUAUGUAUUAAUUUUAUCAUUAGAAUGCUUAUAAAAAUGAAAUAUAUUUAUAAAAGCA